AUGGACGAUGAUGAGGAUGAUGAGGAAGAAACACAACAAGAAGACACAAAUAGUUGCGCACGUGUGAAAGAAAGUUCUGAUAAGAACUGCAUUCUGCCACUCAAGGCCAGGAAAAACAUGAGUAUAACCACCUUAUUUUUGCUCCUCUUCUAUGUUACACGCACAUGGGGACUGCCGAGUUUAGAUGCAGAUGUGCAGCCAGAUUUGGGGAGUAUCCUGGAAAUAGUGCCCAAAAAGCAGUCAGGGCCGGUUACAGUUCCAGAGUCCUUGUCAUCCUCUUGGCCUUACUCUAUACCACUGCCCGCCCCACUACCCUUUCCAGAGGGAAAAAACUCAGUUGAUCCUACUAGAAAUUUAGAGUUCCAGUCUAGUACGUCUUCUGUAAGCAAGUUUUCAAAUUUAUGUAAAAAUGCAUGGAAGAAGAUAGUCAACGCCUGCCAAAAAUUCAUACUACUUUGAGACCUGGCUACGAAUACUGAACUUCUCGAAACAGACUGCUUGUAAUAUAAAAUGUAAUAUAAAUUAAUGAUAAGUAAUUUAUUGUAUAUAAAUGUAAUAAAAUGUAAGAAAGAUUGGAAUUAUGUUUGUAGAAUUUUAUUCAAUUCUAAGUGAUAUCAGCUCUU